AAAGCUUAACUGAGGCAGUGGUCUUAAACCUUUAUAAAUAUGCUGUUUUUAAGUAAACGAAUACUUGUCAGUUUCCAAUAAAAGACGCCUAAAUGAAUUUUGUAUGUUACUUUUAUAACGUAUGUACCUAUAUACAAUACCGGCCAAUAAUAUAUCACCUUCGUGUUUUUACGGUAUAACUUUGUUUUAAAAUAAAUGAUAUUUGGUUUUUUUAAAGCACAUUUGCCAUAAAUAUAUAACAAAAAACUUCUUCUUAAAAUCCUCACAAAAGUCUUGUAAUAAAUAUUAAUAAAAACCAGUGGUAAAAUUUCUCAGACUUUCCAAACAUUUUAAAUCGUCUAUUUUCAAAUAAUUUGCUCCGUUAUUUAUAUAAAUACCUAGCUGAGGAUGGUCCAUAUUAUCUCGGAAAUAAAGCCAAGCGAUUUGUCACUUUCAAAAAUGUUAUAAGAAUUGUUGACGAUCCCUGCAUAGUCGCCACCAAUGUUAGUAUAAAAGAGGUUUUUUGUCAAAACAUCUCCAUUGAGUUUUGAGCGACACUCAACUAUUUCGCCAUGCUUCUCAGAAGUAUAAUUUUGUUGAUAACGUUCACGCAGAUAUACGGUGGGGAAGGCUGGAGAAAGCCUGGCUGCCAUAAAAUGGGCCACACGCGGGAAGUCAACAUACCCGACUGCGUCGGCUUCAAAAUCACGACCAACGCCUGCCGCGGCUACUGCGAGUCCUGGUCGCUGCCAAGCAUCAUGCUCGGUUUUAAACGUCAUCCGGUCACUUCGCUGGGGCAGUGCUGCAACAUCAUGGAGUCUGAAGACACUCAUGUCAAGGUGCAAUGUAUUGAUGGGGAACGGAAUUUGACGUUCAAGUCAGCAGUAUCCUGCGCAUGCUACCACUGUCAGAAGGAAUAGAAUGUCUGUGACAUCCCACCCACAGACAUGUAUCUAAGUAGACUUACUUCGUACCGCAGGAUUGUAUCGAUAAGCAACAGUGAGGCGUGUUAAGAUUUUAAAUGAUGGUAUUGAUUUGAUAUAUAUUGCUGGGACUCACUGAAAUUAAAUAUCAAUUUCAAAUCAAUAACUUAAAAUCUGGAUACAACUUUAUUGUUGUGAUGGAAGAGUUAAGGGUUCUCAAAGUAGUUCAUUGUUAUCGAUAGAUUUAGCGAUUUUUAUGUCAAUUAAAAUAUCAAAAUAAUCUGUUCUCCAAAAUUCUAAAAAUAAAACAGAUCUAGUUGUUGCUUUUUAAAGUUGGAGUACCUAUCUAUACUUAUAUGUAUUUAUUCUUAUAGAAGUAAGUGCAACUGUGAGGUCUCCUUAGAUGUAUGUCUGUGAUUAUAUUACAUUAAGUAAUUAAUUUCCAAUCUGGGGAAAUAAAAUAUCUUAGUGAAAUUAAACAAUGAAUUGUUUGUCUUAAGUGAAAUGUUACGUAAUUUAAUAUAACUUGCGAUGUAGAAAUUAAGACAAAAUUAGUAGGUACCUGAAGGAGAAUCUUCUUUGUAAACUUUAAAAUAAAUGUGAUUGGUUAAAAAUAAACAUAUCGAGUGAGAGAAAGCCCGUUUUAUUCAAAUAAUAUAAAAACAUCACCACAACAUCACCUUUACCACCCUACGCGUACCUACAUACAGCUAUACGCAUAUUUUUGUUAAUUGAUCUCUAAGUGACUCUUUCUAAGAACUUUAAGUGUUGCCUAUAUAAUGUACAUUGGAUAUCUGCAGCUACUUAACGAAGUACCUACUAAGUACCCACGUUCCAACGUGCAAAAUCUAUUUAAGGUAUUCAUUACUGGUACUCUACAGCCAAGAGAAAAUGUUCAGCAAGAACAGAGAGUUCAGGUAGAGCACCUGGAAUCAAAUGAUGGAGAUCAUGAUGCUCAUACUGAAAUAUCUGAUGGUGAAUAAAACUGGGCUUCGUCUGAAGAGAG